AUGGCGGAAGAAGAAACGAAAUAUUUUCCAGCAGAGCUAAGAGAAAAAGAAAAAGAACUGUUAUUUAGAGGAUACGCACUUUAUACCUACAACGCAAAUAGGCCAAGCAGUGCUGAGCUGACAGACAAGACGUCAUCGGGUACGAACGAGGAAGGUGGGGAAGGAUCAGUGGCGGAUUUCCUUCGUAAAGAAGCGACGGCUAACCAUGACUUUAGUCUAUCGCUGCUGAGUACAAACUUAACAGGUGAACAAGACACUGAACUACGGACAUUCAUAGCAAAACGGCUAGCAAAGGGAACAGUAUAUAGUGGCAGCGGCAAUGUUGCAACUAUUGAAGAUGUUCUGCCCAACACAACUAGCCAGUGUUAUUAUUGCCUGUUGAGAGGGGAUAAAGAAGAUGAAGAUAAUGAUGAUAGUGUCAUGAGUCUAGGCAGAUAUUUAUCAAAGGACUUUGUGGUGUGCUUUGUUGCUGAUGCCAAGACUAAAUUAGAAUUAUUCCAGAAAGAGCUAGAUGAUUACAGCAGCAUGUUACUACCAGAGCUAAUGACACCUAUAGAAUCACUGGAUGUCAAAGAACAGUUUGGUCAUCUGAACAACUGGUAUGAAGAAAAUGUGGAGUUCCUAUGCCGCUGUGUAUCUUUGCUUAAAGAGGACCUGUCAGUAUUAAUACAAUGUGGUCUUGUCGGGAUGAACCUUCAAGUCAAGUCAUCUGAUUCCAAACUGGCCAAGGAUGCUAAAAUGUUUGUAAAUGCAUGUAGUACUAUGAACACUUUGAAUCUGCAAGCAGGCAAGAAUCAGAUAGAGGGCAAGUCUCUUGAAGAAAAAAGCUUUCUACCAACUUCUUUGAAUUUAACUAUAGAUGAUGAGAAAAGAUGUGAAUUGAGCACUAAGGAAGCUACAUCAUUCUGUAAAGAGUGGGCAAAGACUAUGCUGAGUGGUGAUACAAAUGAUCCCAUGUUUCUCAGAGAAGUCAUUGAAAACUACAAAUUACGAGUCAACCAUGAUUUGAACACCCUCAAGAGAUUAUUCAGACAGGCAGAGACAGACCACUAUGCUUUAUACAGGUCAUACCAGUUUUUACUCAAAUGCGGUAAUGGCCCAGUCCUCCUGCACAACACCAAGCAAGAAGCCGAUGCUAUGUCUUCAGAAGAGACUUCAGAUAUUCUAAAAGUCCUUGAAGAUUACAUCAAAAACAACAACAAGUUUGUCACGACGGAAGGAUCCUGAUUACGAGUGUCGACCUCAAAUUCCCUAAAUAUUGUAAAUACGAUUAUUUUAAACUCAGUCUAGUGAUAUCAUUACGUCAUCAAUGACUUCACACAGACACUCGCGCGACCCUUGCCGUGAUGUGGCUGACUAAACGCAUCGGACAAGAAGACAAGAUGCGAUACUGUAGAUCGAUCCAUAUAAUGAAAAUGUUGUUUUUGUCAAGUUUUCAGUCCCCGUACAAAUUCGUUUCAGCAUUUGCGCAAUCCAUUUUCGGACGUACCUACCCGUGAAACCACGCCUUGAUCUCGUCUGCGGUUCUCAUUGAUCCCCUGCAAAGUUCUAGAUACGGGCUAGUGAACUAAUGUACUGGUUCGUUGAAACAUGACAAGCGGAAGUUUAGUACCUCCCCCGCUUCCUAGUAGCACUCUGUUCGCCUCGAUAUCCCUAGGUAGGCUGGGUCAUGCAGGCCUAGCUUUGUCCUAAAAAUCGUGGGGAGGAAUUUUUAGGACUGACCCUAAGGACGCCUGCAAAGGGGGCUACGUCAGACCACUUCCAGCUGGAUCCCGUGUGGUGGUCGGUAUCCAGCAAUGCUAUAUUGCCCCUAAAUUAAGGCUGGUAUUGAGAGUUAUGAAAUUCAUUCAAGUAAUCGAUUACAUGCAAUACCUCUUGUGAUUGGAUGAACGCAAAAUAUAAGGAAGCCAUUUGACUCUGCUUAUUGAUCGAUAUUAAAUUAUUAUUAUACCAAUAUGUUGAUAAUAUAUUUAUGUUAACUGGCUGAAUAACCAAGUUUUACUAAUAAGUUUACAAAUUAGGAAUAUAAAACGGCGCGCGUGUCUAUAUACUGUGAUAUAAACACGAUGGGAGCUCCCAUAGUGUUCAUAUCACAGUAUAUAGACACAAGCGGACGUUUUAUAUCGCUUUUAUAAAGUAUUUUUGAAUGAUUUCGCGCGAGCGUGACUCUGUCCUCUGAUAUAAACACGGUAGCCAGCUAACCAGCACGCGCGUUAUAUUUCAAAUAUUUUAUAAAUUCAAAUUAUGUUUUCAUUUUUWAAAAAAUACAUGUAAUUAAUCAUCGGGGUUACUAAAAGUCCAGUGGCGAUCUGAAUGCCGAUGAAACAAAUAAAUUAUAAAUAUAAUAAUAAACAAAUAGUAUAAAACUUUCAUGGCAAUGCAAGUUUUGUCAUAAUUUGCAGGCAGUAGCCCACAAAACCGCCUCACAUCCUGGCUGCUGAGAUUUUCCUUGUGUUUGAAAUACCAAUGGUGUUUAAAACGUUUAAACAGGAAGUGUCGUAAGUGCCUGCCACUAAUAGUAUCGUUCACUGAUUAUGUCAUGUGUUUAAUGAGGGCCUCCAAUGAGACUGAGUUAUUUUUAUUUUCGAGGGAAAUAAACCUGUGAAGUUAAAA